GUAAAGAUGUAUAUAAAGUCCAUGGUAUUGGAAGGAUUCAAAUCAUACGGGAAUAGAAUCGAAAUUAACGGUUUCGAUAAAGAGUUCAAUGCAAUUACUGGUUUUAACGGUAGCGGGAAAUCCAAUGUGUUAGAUGCGAUAUGUUUCGUACUAGGCAUUACUAAUCUCAGCCAGGUACGUGCUAGUUCUUUGCAAGAUCUUGUCUAUAAAUCAGGACAAGCUGGCAUAAAGAAAGCAAGCGUUACAAUUACGUUUGACAAUCGAGAUGCAGCUUCUUCUCCAAUUGGUUUUGAAGAAUACGAAGAAAUAACUGUUAUGAGACAAAUAGUAAUAGGUGGUAAAAAUAAGUACAUGUUAAAUGGUUCCAAUGUAUCUAAUAAACGAGUCCAGGAUAUGUUUUGUUCGGUUCAACUUAACGUGAACAAUCCACACUUUUUGAUAAUGCAAGGUAGAAUUACUAAGGUUUUAAAUAUGAAACCAAUGGAAAUUUUGUCAAUGAUCGAAGAAGCUGCAGGAACCAGAAUGUAUGAAUUAAAAAGGCAGGCAUCUUUGAAGUUAAUAGAAAAGAAAGAAAACAAAGCACAAGAAAUUGAUCAUAUUUUAAAAGAAGAAAUAGGUCCCAGAAUAAAGAAAUUAAAACUGGAACAAUCGCACUUUGAAGAAUUUCAACGAAUUGAAAGGGAAUUAAAUCUUUACAGACGAAUACAUAUUGCUUGGAAGUAUGUUACGGCAUUGGAGAAGAGUAAGAAAGCCGAAGAAGAUGUGCAAAAAGUAAAGGAUAAAAUUAAAGAGAAACAGAAAUACAUUGAUGAUAGCAAACAGAAUAUUAUUAAUAUUGAUCAGCAAAUAACAGAGAUAACAGAAAAAAGAAAUCAGGAAAAAGGUGGCAAAUUGGAAGCCAUAGAACGUGAGCUGAAGGUUUCUGAAAACAAAGAACAUAAAUUAGUUGCCGAAUUUAAUAGUCAUAAACAAGAUAUCAAGGCAAAAGAGAAAACUAUUGUUGAACUAAAGUCAAGUAUUGCCGAUGAUGAAAGGUUAUUAGCCACAAAAGAGGAGGAACUAAAUGCAGUGGGUAAUUUGUUUAAAAAAUUAAAGGAGGACGAACAACGUGACCAUGCAGCUCUUUUAGCUGCACAAGAAAAGUAUCAACGCAUAUCGUCUGGACUCCUGGAAAAUGAAAAUGGUGAAAAUGCUACGUUAGAACAACAAUUAAUUACUGCCAAACAGAAUGCAACACAGGCACAAACAGAAAUUAAACAAUGCGAAAUGGCGUUAACUCAUGCAAAAGAACAAUUAAGCAAGAAGGAAAAAGAGAUGCACAAUACAGAUAAAGAAUAUGUAAAUGACAGUAAACAGCUGGAAAAUAAAGAAAAACAAUUAAAGAAUACGGAAAACAAUUUAAAGAAGUUGGACUACGAUGAAGGGGCUUUAGAAGCAAAGCAGGAACAGAAGCGUGUUCUACUGAAAGAAGUAAGGGAUUUACAAGAGAAAUUGGAUAUUUUUGAAUCAGGACAUCCUAGAUUAAGAUUUCAAUACAGAGAUCCUGUGCCUAAUUUUAAUAGAGCCACUGUUUGGGGCUUAGCUUGUAAAUUAAUCAAGAUGAGAGAUUCGCGAAAUGCGCAUGCAUUAGAAAACGCAGCUGGAGGGAAGUUAUAUAACGUGAUAGUCGAUACCGAAAGCACAGGUAAAUUAUUACUUCAGAAAGGUCAGCUUCAACAACGAAUUACAAUUAUUCCUUUAAAUAAAGUAACGGGAAGAACAAUGGAUCCUCAAACUAUUAAAUUUGCACAAAAUCUUGUCGGUAAGGAAAAUGUUCAACCUGCCAUAUCUCUCAUCGAUUUCCCUGAAGAAGUUAGGCCAGCAAUGAAUUGGAUAUUUGGGCAGGUGUUUAUAUGCAAAGACAUGAAUACUGCUAAAAAAGUAUCUUUCCAUGAUAUGAUCGGCAAAAAAUGUGUGACUCUUGAAGGUGACGUUUUUGAGCCUACAGGAAUUCUUUCGGGUGGAGCGAUGUCAAAAACUGGUUCAGUUUUAUUGAAACUGAACGAACUGAAAACAAUACCAGAGCAAUUAGAUGAGAAAAAGCAACUUAUCCAAACGCUAGAUGCUGAAAUUGCAAAGAUCACUCGAGUUGCGGAGCAAUAUAAACUUUUGAAAGAGAAAUUUGAUCUCGAAUGUCAUGAGGUGCAUUUAAUCAAACAAAGGCUGCAACAAACCACUCAUCAUAAAAUUAAAGAAGAGGUGGAUGCCUUGACAGCAACAAUUCAUGAUAUGACACAAAAAAUGACAGUUGCAAGAAAACUGAAAGAAGAAAAUGCUGCGCGUACCAAAAAAUUAGAAAGUCAGUUAACAAAUUCUGCGAGUAUUCGUGACCAACAAUUAGCAGAGGCUGAGAAUCAACUUAAAAUAUUACAGAAAAAAUCUGAAGGAAGCCGAAAAGAAUGGCAGAAUAGGGAGCAAGAGUCGGAAACUCUCAAUUUGGAAAUAAAUGAAUUACAACAGACUAUUCAACUUAGUAAGGAACAACUAGCUAAGUUGGAAAACGAGCUUGUUAUGCUUAACGAAAAAGCAGAACAAUUAGAAAAUGAAUUGACCGAGAUAAAAGCUAUUGUAAAAGAAGCACAAAAUAAUUUAAAAACGCAUAAGGACAGUAUACAUCAACAAAGUAAGGAAAUUCAACAACUUAAUUCCAAGAAAGAUGAAAUGAUUAAAAAAUCAGGUGAUCUGGAACUGGAAAUAAGAGAAUUAAAUCAUGAUGUUGAUUCUGCAAAGAACAGCAGUAGCGGAUACAAAAAUACUGUUACUGAUUUGAAACGAAAAUAUGAAUGGAUUGAACAAGACAAAGCAUAUUUUGGAGAACCAGGUGGUAUGUAUGACUUUGAAAAGAAAAAUAUAGAAGAUAUACAACGAAAAAUAUCCGAAUUAGACACUUCACGCGAGAAACUGAGUCAUAAUGUUAAUGCUAGAGCAAUGCGCUUAUUAGACAAGGAAGAGCAACAGUACAAUGAAACUUUAAAGAAGAAAGCCAUAAUUGAAAACGAUAAGCGAAAAAUAUUAGAAACCAUUAAGCACCUCGAUGGGAAGAAGAAAGAGAGUUUGUUAAAAGCUUGGCAAGAGGUUAACAAAAAUUUCGGAUCAAUAUUCAGUACUUUAUUGCCCGGUGCCGAAGCAAAACUACAACCACCAGAAAACCAAACUGUAUUAGAUGGUUUAGAAGUAAAAGUUGGAUUUUCUGGAGUUUGGAAAGAUUCAUUAGGUGAACUUUCCGGUGGACAGAGAUCACUAGUUGCAUUAUCUUUGAUUCUGGCUAUGCUGUUAUUCAAACCUGCACCUCUGUACAUUUUGGAUGAAGUCGACGCUGCUUUGGAUCUUUCGCAUACAGAAAAUAUUGGAACAAUGUUACACCGGCAUUUCAAACAAUCCCAAUUCAUCAUUGUAUCGCUAAAAGAUGGUAUGUUCAAUAACGCGAAUGUAUUAUUUACAACCCGUUUCAUUGAUGGAAUGUCGACGAUAUCACGAACACAUAGAUCAAAAUCAAAAUAACAGUACCGUAAUACAUUGUAUACAACUAAUUAAUAAAUAAUACGAUUUUGUAAUACCAUAACAAAUAUUCUCUUCCCAGGAUUCUAUAAUACUUUGGUACAGGAUUCGAAUGUUACUUGUCGAAUUAAUGCUCUCAUAGACUGUAUUAAUUCUAGCAAUAUACAUCU